GAGGUAAUUUGAAUGCAUUUCCUUGGUUAUGCGGUCGCGUCGAAGGGUGAUAUCGAGGGAACGAGAUGGAGAGAUUUCGGGAGAGGGAAAAGGUUACACUCCGAGGUUGCUUCGAUGGAAUUUAAAAUGACGCUCUGAAGUUACAUGUAGUGGUGGUAGUAGUAGUAGGUAUCCCAGAUCGCGUAAGUAUAGAAGAGGAAGUGCGGAGGGAGAGAGGGAUCGAUGAAGGUGAUACGUGAGUGAGGUGUGAGCGAGGGAGAUGGACGUAGAGAGAGGAGCUAUGGAAAGGCAUUGAAGCUGACGCAAGUAAUUUUGAGACGAACAGAGAUAGCAAAUGGGGGAAAUAGGGUGAUGACGACGUGAGGAGAAAGGGUGACACUCAAGGGGUCAAGAAAAUCAAUUGCACAACAUUUUUUCCGUAAUUUCUAUAUCACUUUUAUUAAUAUUUAAUGCACAAUUUUUUAUAAUUGCUCAUAUUUUGUUUCGUGGCACUGGAAAGUUCUUUUAAAGAACACAGUCUUGAGUAGUUUUACAGGUCAAACGGUAUCCAUCGAUGAUCUGGGGCACUUUUUUCACUACUUUGCACAAUUUGGAAACUUUGAAAAAAUAUUCCUAGAUAUCAGGGCGUUGUAUGGCGUGAAGUGAGUGGGUGAGUUUGAAAGAAAAUUCACAAUAGGGAAUUUAGAGCUGAAGGGAAAAUCGUGUGCAUGGGAGAAUUGAUGAGGAAUAUUGUGGGAAAGAAGGUGUGUGUGGAAAAGUUUGGAUUUUGAUAUGAAAUGGGAAAAAUAAUUUUCUGUUGAAUUGUGUGUUAUAUGGAUAAAAAGAGGAAGGAAUAUAAUUUUUGUGCUGAGCUGUAGAAGUGAUGUGAGUGCGCAAGCGCUCACAAUUUUCUCUCACUUCACAAAACUUCGGUUCACUGUCGUCUCUAUUGAUUUUUAUUGUGUUCACACACUUCGGAUAAUUCCGCGAUGGCAGCGCCACGAGUGCAUCACGAGCGGAUCACGAAUGUUUGUUCGCGCCAAUGGAACGAGUUUUAUGGGGCCUGGCGUUUUUGUGCUCUUUCUUGUCCCCGCGCGAACCGGAGAGUCUCUGUGUUGCUCGCGAGCGAUGUUUGGUGUGCCCGAGCGAGAAAAAGAUGGGAUAUGAAUUUGAAAAGACUUUCUUGGUAAGGUUUAUAACAUGAUGAUGUGUGAGCGCGCAUGCGUUAUUCAACUUUUCGAGUCUAUACCAACACACUCUAGAGCACACUUGAAUAGGAUGACGAUGAUGAUGUAGUGGGGAAAGGGAGGGCGCGAGAUAACAGAAAAUUCAGAUGCUACUCUGUUUGUUUCAAAACACGACGUCUUGUAAGGAAAAGGUCUGUUGGACUGCGUGAAAAGAGGUGAAAACCGUGAAAAUUGUUAUUUAAAGUGACACAAGAUUGUGUAAUAAUUACUGCAGAGGUGUUUUAAAACAAAAGAGGAAGAGAUUCUCUGUUUAACUCACUGGAGAAGUAUGAUCUCAAGAUGAAGCGUCGUGUGGAUGAGGUUCAGUUUGGGGCCCGCGGCGGCCCACAAUCACAUCAUCGCAUACUCGCCACGCAAAACAAUCCGGCAUCUACGAUCUAUCAAUUAACUCCGGGUGUCUUGAAGGCGGGCACUACAGAUGGAGGCGCUCCGGGUGGUGGAGCCCUUGGCAAUCAAUCGCCCAACGUACAAUAUUCUACGACUUAUAAUACAUCAACAAUGGCCAUUGCUAAUGUUACUAAGAGUCCUGUGGUCCAACAAUCGACAACGGUGGCGACGGGAUCGCUGCAUGUGGUCAAUUCUGGGAUCAGUACGGUGAAUUCGAUGCGUCAGAAAGCGGGCGCUGCUGCCGCCAGUCAGCCGACACCCAUCGUGAGCGGCGUGAGUGGAACACCAGUUCAGGCGGCGAGCUUGUCCACGAGUGGAAUUAGCGGGAGUGGAACUAUCGGGACGCCUCAAGCCUCAGCCGCUGGCCCGGGUGGUCAGCAACAGACGCAGUUUCAGCGUCUGAAAGUGGAGGAUGCGCUCAGUUAUCUGGAUCAUGUGAAAUCAAAGUUUGGAAACCAGCCACAGGUGUACAAUGACUUCCUGGACAUUAUGAAGGAGUUUAAGUCGCAGAGUAUUGACACACCUGGUGUGAUCGACAGGGUGUCGACGCUCUUCAAGGGACAUCCUGAGUUAAUUGUUGGAUUCAACACAUUUUUACCGCCUGGAUACAAAAUUGAAAUGCAGGCAAAUGACAAGGGCUACUCUUACCAGGUGUCUGUAUCUAUGCCAUCACCAUCGUGUGGCACAUCUUCGGCUUGUCCGCCGCAACAACAAAGUCCACCGCAGAAGUUGCAGAUAAUGCAAGGCAGUGGCACGAUGGUGCACACAAUUCCGGGUGCUGUGAAUCUCAUCACGCACGCCCCUUGUCCGCAACCGCUGCACAGCGUCGCGGGGAGUCAAGUGGGUUCCACCGCUGGCGGGAUGCAGCAGCAGCAGACGGGUGCUCAGCUGGCGAGCGCAGUGUUGGCAGCACCGCAGAAUUUUGUGGCUCGUGACAGAGAACGAACACUGUCUGGUAGUGGUGGAAGUGUGAGAACGGCGAGUUCUGGUGUGGCAAGUCUGGAGGAGAUAAGUGGUCAGAAUUUGCAUCACAUCUCGCAAGCGCAUCAGCAGAUUGUGCAACAACAGGAAGGUGGACAGGCGGCACAAGGACAGAACCAGCCCGUAGAAUUCAAUCAUGCCAUUAGCUAUGUGAAUAAGAUAAAGAAUCGCUUCCAGAAUCAGCCGGAGAAGUACAAGAGAUUUCUGGAGAUCUUACAUCAGUAUCAGAAGGAGCAGAAAGUGAGAGAUGGACAAGGGAAGCAACUCACCGAGGCGGAAGUUUACACGCAAGUGGCGAAGCUCUUUGACAAGCAAGAUGACUUGUUGAGAGAGUUUGGGCAGUUUCUGCCGGACGCAACAAGUCACUCGGCGAGUUUACAUCUCAACAAGGUGGGUGUGAAUAUGGCCCACAAUGACCACAAGAAGAUGUCCGGACCAUCAGCUGGAGGACCAUCGAUAAGGUCUUCCUUCAACAAUUCUUCGAAUAAUUUCGGACGAGGUCUGGAUCGUGGCUCCGGCGGGAUGGCGGGCGCCGCCGGAGGAGCUGCUAAUGAUUUUCCACAUGCCAUGGAUAAGGACUUCCACCCACGGGGUGACAAGGAGCGCAACCACAUUGCCGGUGGACAAAAGUAUGCCGGAGUGAAGAGGAGCCCGAGUUAUGGGCAGAUGCCGCACAUGGGACACAUGCCGAGAGGAGGGCAGGACAGGAGUGGCGAUGGUCCGUCGCAUCCGAAGAGGCAUAAACCCAUUUGUCGUGAUGUAACCUUGGCGGAGGCGUCGAAGUUUGGCUCUCUGAAUGACUAUGCUUUCUUUGACAAGGUGCGCAAAGCAUUGAGAUCGCCAGAAGUCUACGAGAACUUCCUCCGAUGUCUGAUUCUGUUCAAUCAGGAGAUUGUGUCAAAAUCAGAACUACUGACACUCACGGCGCCAUUCCUCGGAAAAUUCCCUGAUCUCCAACGGUGGUUCCAGGAAUUCUUGGGACCAUCGACAGCUUCUGAGGGUGUGAGUUUGGCCACAGCGCAGCGUCAGGACAGAUCACAAGGUGAACUAGCGCAGGAGAUUGAUCUGUCGACGUGCAAACGUCUCGGCGCCAGCUACUGUGCACUGCCCAAGUCUAGCGAGGUGAAGAAGUGUUCAGGACGCACGGCGUUGUGCAGGGAAGUGCUGAAUGACACUUGGGUGUCGUUCCCAACGUGGGCAGAAGACUCAACCUUUGUUACAUCUCGCAAGACUCAGUACGAAGAGAUGAUCUAUCGCUGUGAGGAUGAGCGAUUUGAAUUGGACGUGGUGAUUGAGACGAACAGUGCCACGAUUAGAGUGCUGGAGGGUGUGCAGAAGAAGCUGAGUCGGAUGUCACCGGACGAGGUGGCCAGAUUCAGGCUGGAUGAUUGUCUGGGUGGGAAUUCACCGACAAUUCAUCAGAGGGCUUUGAGGAGGAUUUACGGCGAGAAGGCGAGCGAUAUUAUUCAAGGAUUGAAGAAGAAUCCCGUUGUGGCAGUGCCAGUGGUGCUGAGGAGACUCAAAGCGAAGGAGGAAGAGUGGCGAGAGGCGCAGAAGGGCUUCAAUAAGCAGUGGCGAGAGCAAAAUGAGAAGUACUACUUGAAAUCACUUGAUCAUCAAGGCAUUAACUUUAAGCAGACGGAUAUUAAAGCGCUGCGCUCAAAGAGUCUCUUCAAUGAAAUUGAGACGCUCUACGAUGAGCGGCAUGAACAAAAUGAGGAGAGCACAACGGAACCAGUGACAGGUCCUCACUUGGUGCUUCCGUACAAAGACAAGACCAUCCUGGAUGAUGCUGCCAAUCUGUUGAUACACCAUGUGAAGCGUCAGACGGGUAUUCAGAAGCAGGAGAAGACAAAGAUCAAGCAUAUUCUGCGUCAAUUUGUGCCUGACUUGUUCUUUUCGCCACGUCAACAGCUGAGUGACGAUGAACGAGAAGACGAUGUCAAAGACAUGGACGUGGAGCAAUCCGACGAUGCGAAGCCCUCGAGCUCACGUGGUAAAGUGCAGUCAUCAUCCACGGAGUCUGCAGUGGAAUCCCCGAUCUCAGCGCCUGGCGGGAGUGUCACGAGUGCGGCUGCAGAAGUGACAGUGAAGAGUGAACCAUCGCCAACUGGCGAAGCGAGAACUCAGAGUGGAACACCGAAUCAGGUGGACUCUCAGUGCAAUGCUGGUGGCAAAACAGUGACGAGUGUGAGUGACACGACCAAAGGAAGUGAUAUAAAGAGUCCCUCGGCGUCAAGUGAUGAGAUUAAGAUGGAAGUGAAGCAGGAUAGGGAUUCACCAAGUCCACCAUUGCCACCGCAUGCCAUUGCCAAGCACACGGAGGAGGCGUACACACUGUUCUUUGGCAAUAGCAACUGGUAUUUGUUCCUGCGACUGCACGCCAUCCUGUGUGAGAGGCUGAGGACGAUGUACGACAGGGCGCAGACGCUCGCCGUGGAGGAGGCGAAGCACCGUGGAAAUAGGCGCGAGAGCACCGCCACGGCGCUAAGGCUGAAGCCCAAGAGUGAAAUCCAAGUGGAGGAUUACUAUCCGACCUUUCUGGAUAUGUUGAAGAAUGUGCUGGAUGGGAAUAUGGAGGCCAAUAACUAUGAGGACUCGCUGAGGGAGAUGUUUGGCAUUCAUGCCUAUGUCGCCUUUACGCUGGACAGAGUGGUCUCAAAUGCCGUCCGACAGUUGCAGCACUGCGUGACGGAACGCGGAGCUCUCGAGUGUGUUGAACUAUUUCAGCAGGAGCAGAGGAAGAAUGGGGCUGGAGGAUUGUGCAGAUCAGCCAACAAGAGAAUAGCGGCAGAAAUGGUGUAUCAGAAGCGAGCUGAAGCGAGUCUUCAAGACGAGAAUUGCUUCAAAGUUUACAUUUACAAAAUCGAUUGUCGCGUGACGAUAGAGUUACUCGACACGGAGUCCGAUGACACGGAAAAGUGUGUGGCCAACACUCAGGCGUGGAGCAACUAUGUGGAGCGUCUGGCGAACCCGGGCGCGGGGCCAACAGGUGUUCCGGGGGCGUCCGGAAGUGCGACACCCGGCGCGAGUGGCGCGGCAAACAGUGGCGGCGCGUCCGGCAAUGGUGUGGAGAUCAAGACGGAGAAGCCAGACGAUGAGAUGAACGCUUUGCCAAGGAAGCCGCUGUAUCUCAAGAGGAACGUCACGCAAGUGCAGCGAGCCUUGAGAACGCACAAGAAGAACUCCCAGCACUCCAUGGCCAGUGUCUCUACGGCCUCGCUGGGCGCCGUGGCGGUCAGUAGCACGGCUACUACGCAAGCGACGGCCUCAGCCACUGUGAUGACCACGGCCAACGCGACGUCCGGAGACACCACGAUUCUCACCACGACGUCCGCAGAGAGCGCUACGGCGUCGCUCACGACGUCAGUGGCGUCCUCGCGGGACGGCAGCACGGAACCCGUGCCGAUGGACAUCGACGAGAGCGUGACGGCGGCCGCAGGCGGCGGUUUCUGGGCCAAGCGACCUCCCGAAAGGAUGCCGGCUCCACCCACGCUCGCUGAUGAGUACUUCGCGGACAGCAAGGAAGAGAUGAAGCUCAACUUCAACAGCUACAAGAUGGUCCUGGUGAUGAACAAAGAUGACGUCUUCUACAAGAGGAAUGCCUUGCGCAGAGCCAAGACGACUCAUGAGCUGGUGACGAAGAGGAUGAAGACUCGCUUCCAGAAGUUCAUCAACGCGUGGCUGGACGAGAAUGUGGCCGAGAGUCAGAAGACGCAGUGCACAGACUGGCUGAUGGGCGUCGGUGACGAUCUGGCGCCCAAUUCCACGGUGCUGCGGCAGGACAAUGAUGUGAAGAAGGCGCCAUACUCGAUAAUCAAUCGCUAUGCCGUGACUUCGCGGCCGGCAGAGAGUUAGUAGGCGGCGUCAUCGCGGAUCGGACGAAGGCGCAUUUAAACCGCCGUGUUGUAAAGAAAUAAGAGGUGUUUCACGUUUUUAACUUGCGUUUAUUUACAAAACUCUUCUUCUCUUUUAAAUACAUAAUGUAUGUAAAAUGAUUUUGAUUUCCGUGUAAAAAAUGAAAAAAAAGCAUUCAUGCUGUAAAAGAAAUGAUAAAUGAAGCGUAAUUUGUUCUAAACUAUUUAAAUAAACUCACAAAUUGAGAGGAUUUUAGCUGAGUGAAGAUGAGAAGCGUGUAAAUUUCCCACAGAAUCAUGUUUUUAGGGUGUGUAGAGAGAAAAUCAGAGAAUACUAGAUGAUGAUUUCUUUGUGAGAAUAUCUGCAAUUUAUGAUUGAUUUACGAUUGAUCCCUCAAUCUUUUUAAUCUUUAAUUUAUCAAAUGUAUAUAGACGUCGAUGUAUGGUAGUUUUUAAGGUCUUUUUAAUUAGCCUGUAGUGCAACUAUUGUGUAAGUUUUUCUCAGAUAAAAAUGAUUUAGACUUAAGACAGGAGAUUAAAGAGAAGAAAAAUUGAUAAAUGCGUCUAUUUUAAAUAGUACAAAAGGAUGAAUAUGCAGAUUAGUGGUUUCUUUUGUGGAUUUUCCCUCUCUUAUGUGAGAAAAGUCCAGAGUAGAUUUGUUCUUGCUCUAUUUUCGGAGUUGACACUGAAAGAUCCUCCGGUUUCUAUAAUAGUUUCUCUUGACCAUAAGGAGAAUAUGCUGUAAAAUCCCGUGUAAAUAACUUUGGAGAGCUACUAUAUAUUAUAUGAGAAGUGAAAUUUUUUCUAGUAUUAAUUGAUGAGGAUACUUUUUAUGAGAAAGACUUUCGAUGAGAAAUAAAAUAUUUCAUUGUA